AUGGCAGAAUUGGAAACGAUGGAUGAACAACCGAAGGCUCUGAUACCACUUGUAACAGCUUUCAAGUGUUAUAGGAUUUUGUUAAAUCCUGUGACUGAGUGGGUCAAGUUGGGCCAACAAGAUCAGCUGGGCCUUGGUUCAGUGUAUUCCAUUGCUGAGAAGAAGAGUUUUAUUAAAGAAUCACGUAAAACAAUAUUUGAUCGUAGUACAGAUAAGAAGACGAAGAGGUUUUUUCGAGAGCCACAUGUGGUUUCAGAUACUUCCUUACUUCUGAGCUCUCUCCCAAGUUCAGUUGAAGCAGCUUUAUCCUUUACCUCUGAUCAUGGAAAACGAGACUUAACGUUUGAGUGGAUAAAUGCUGAGACCAGGCAAUGUUGUAUAAACUGUAACGAACUCUCUCAGGAUGGUUCAGAGCUAUUGACUGCCAGCACAACAUUUGAAACUUCUGGAUCAAGUUAUAUUUGCAAGCGAAGGAAGCUCCUGAAAAAUUCUGUGGUUAUUUUUCCUCUUGAGGCGGAAGUUAAUGUAGUACCUGUAUUUGCAGUUAAGAAUGGUCCUUCAGACAUUCAAAUUGAGGAUACAAUUGAUGAUGGAACUGGUGCUCCUCUCUCUGCAGAGAAAUCAGUUUUUGAGUUUAAUAGUGCUAAUGCUUCUAUCCUCAAUUCACACAAGUUUAGCAAGAGUCCUUGUUCAAAAUUUAAAUUCUCUAUUAAACCUGAUGUGAAUACUAAAUCAAAGUUUCUUAGCUUUGGUAAAGAUCUUAGAUCUGACUGCUCUUUACGGGAACCGGAUACACAAGUUGGCUCUGUUAUCAAAACUGAUGAGGCUAAUCACAUUAUAGAGAGCCUUAAUCAUGAUAUUCAGGUUAAUGUAGCACCUGUAUUUGCAGUUAAGAAUGGUCCUUCAGGCAUUCAAGUUGAGGAUACAAUUGAUGAUAGAACUGGUGCUCCUCCUCUCUCUGAAGAGAAAUCAGUUUUUGAGUUUAAUAGUGCUAAUGCUUCUAUCCUCAAUUCACACAAGUUUAGCAAGAGUCCUUGUUCAAAAUUUAAAUUCUCUAUUAAACCAUACGUGAACACUAAAUCGAAGUUUGUUAGCUCUGGUAAAGAUCUUAUAUCUGACUGCUCUUUACGGGAACAGGAUAUACAAGUUGGUUCUGUUAUCAAAACUAAUGAGGCUAAUCACAUUAUAGAGAGCCUUAAUCAUGAUAUUCAGGAUGCUAAGGUUUCAAAUGAAGAAGAACUCUUUCUCAAAGACCUAUGCAUUUCUGUACUAAGAAGUAAUGGAUUGCUUGAACCUGUUUGUCCUAAAAUAAGUUGUGCUUCUACAGAUAUUCUGGGAAUUGGUAGUGAUAGAGGCUAUACCCAGUCUUGUAAGCAAUGCAGUUUUUCAGAAAAUAUAUUGAAUAUGUUGCUUUGUGAUCAAUGUGAAGAAGCAUUCCAUGUAUCUUGCUGCAAGCCUAGGCUGAGGAUGUUGCCGAUUGAUGAGUGGUUUUGUCAUUCUUGUUCAAAAAUGAACUGCAAUCCAUCAAAUAAGAAUUCGUUUUCAAAAUCAUGUAUUACUCGGAGUUAUACUGCUUCAAGAUUUGGAUUGGGUCCAAUAGCGCACAUGUUGAAACACAUUGAGCAUUAUACAUCAAAAGUUCGGAUUGGAGAAGAUUUUCAAGCGAAAGUUCCUGACUGGUGUGAUCAAAUUUCCAAUGAUGUCAAUUGCAUUGGUGAACCUUCCGAAAUGGAUCCAGCAGAAACAAUUGACAUACAUGCGAGCUUUUCUAUCAAGUUUCCCAAGCCGAAAUCUAUAAGUAAUUGGCUUCAAUGUUGUGAAGUCUUAUAUGAUGACUCAAGGGAAUGUGUUAAAGGGACUAUAUGUGGAAAGUGGCGCAGGGCUCCAUUUGCCGAAGUCCAAACUGAUGAUUGGGAUUGUUCCUGCGCUGUUCUUUGGGACCCAGCCCAUGCUGACUGUGCUGUUCCUCAGGAACUAGAAACAGAACAGGUUCUACUGCACUUAAAGCAAAUAGAGAAGCUGAACUCUCGCCUUGCUUCUAAAAUGAGAGAACUUCAGUCAUGCCACUAGCAAUUGGUGGGAUCUGAACGCCAUAAACAGUUUGUAACAUCACAGGGAUCGACUUGGGUUUUUCUUUUCUCUCAGGACUAUACUAUACACCCUCUAGCUUUAUAAGUGCCAAAGUUCUUUGUUUUUCCUUAUUACUAUUUUCUCUUUGGAGUAACUGGUUUCUUCCCUACAUCUGGUUUUGAUCUAUAGCUAUCCCACACUUCUUUGUCUCUUGUAAAUGUUCGAGAUAAGGACUUCAGUCAUUGAACUUCGAAAUGAUGAAUUUUGUUGUAAAUAUAUAUGAGUAGUGUUAAUUGGAGUAAGUAAUUCACUCUCUUAUUUUUCAACCCCUCCUCCCUCCCCGGCCCGUUCAUCUCUUAUG